CAUUUCCCAGCGGUGACAGAAAGCGUUUGUUUCACUGACGUUUUCAUAAAGGAUUCUGGGUACGUAAUCUCUUUCUUUCCGGCUGGUGCGCCAUCAUUUAAUCCAACAUGGGAGCGUACAAAUAUAUGCAGGAGUUAUGGCGCAAGAAGCAGUCCGACGUGAUGCGCUUUCUCCUGCGCGUCCGUUGCUGGCAGUACCGUCAGCUCUCCAAUCUCCACCGUGCCCCUAGACCCACCAGACCCGACAAGGCCCGCAGACUGGGGUAUAAGUGCAAACAAGGCUAUGUGAUCUACCGUGUACGUGUUCGCCGUGGAGGCCGCAAGCGCCCUGUGCCUAAGGGUGCCACUUAUGGCAAACCCGUUCACCAUGGUGUUAACCAGAUCAAGUUCGCCCGCAGCCUGCAGUCCACUGCUGAGGAGCGUGCUGGCCGUCACUGCGGAGGCCUGAGGGUGCUGGCUUCCUACUGGGUGGGAGAAGAUUCCACCUACAAGUUCUUCGAGGUGAUCCUGGUUGAUACCUUCCACAAGGCUAUCAGACGCAACCCAGACACCCAAUGGAUCACCAGGCCUGUGCACAAGCACAGGGAGAUGCGUGGCCUAACGUCUGCAGGCAAGAAGAGCCGAGGCCUGGGCAAGGGCCACAAGUUCCACCUGACCAUGGGUGGUUCCCGUCGGGCAGCCUGGAGGAGACGCAACACUCUUCAGCUGCACCGCUACCGCUAGUGGGUGUCUGUACAUUGAAAGAAAUAAAAACAUGCCUUUUUACGGUGACAAACCA